AACCAGUCUUGCUUCGGAGCGAGUGAGUCUACUCCAUCCUUUGACAGACGAGGAAAGUGUGUGUAGUGACAUCGGUGUCUGUCUGGUCGCUUCUCGCUGAUCGCUCUUGUUAAUUGCACGACCGACUGUUCCGUCGAGACAACCGAUUCGGCUAGAUCCGGUUUUCUUCGUAGUUGAGUCAGGACACGAUCGUGUAAACGUCCGUAUUACGUAUAUUUUCGUCAGUUGUGUAUACUGUCCUUGCCGGCAACAGUAAGGCAAGGUUUAAAGGCGGUGUCGGUUGUGUAUUCGGCACCCUUGGCCAUCGUGCAAAAUUUCACCUACCGUCUACUAAUAUAGCUGAGAGGUAUACGGGUUGCGGACUCGCGUGUACCGAUCGGAGUGCCAGUGCGACGACAAUCGGGCGUGCUAACACGGGUGUAUUAUCCACGGCUGUGUACAUAUAUUAUAUGUGUGUAUGUGCGUAACGUGCGCGUAGAGGAAAACGAAUUGGCCACUGUCGGUGGAAAGAAAGGGAUAGAACGCGAGAAGAGGGUGGGAGAACGAAGGCGGCCGUGAAUCCACUAUACGCGGCUACGUUCACGCCGCCGCGUAUUUCACACGGCACGACACGAAACAACAGCACACCGUCGGCCCAGGCCUACCGAGGAGAGAGACGAAGCGCAUCUGAAUACCGAACGAAUUAUUACGAAUUCGUAUAGCAUUGACGCGCCUUUUGGCGCGUAUAACCUCCUCAUUCGGUCGACUUCUUCGACCUCCCCGUUGCUACUAUGGCGGACGACGAAGUUCUCUUCGACGAAGUUUACGAGCUCUGCGAGAUUAUCGGCAAGGGACCAUUCAGCGUGGUUAGGAAAUGCAUCCACCGGCAGACAGGGCAGACGUUCGCGGUAAAAAUCGUGGACGUGGCAAAGUUCACAUCCAGCCCCGGUCUAAGCACGAACGAUUUGAAACGAGAAGCCACGAUAUGCCACAUGUUAAAACAUCCCCAUAUCGUAGAGUUAUUGGAAACAUACAGCUCGGAGGGUAUGCUCUAUAUGGUAUUCGAAUAUAUGGAUGGCUCUGAUUUAUGCUUCGAGGUCGUUCGGAGAGCAACUGCUGGAUUCGUGUACAGUGAAGCGGUAGCCAGCCAUUACAUGCGACAGAUCCUGGAGGCGUUGCGAUACUGCCACGAGAACGACAUAAUUCAUCGUGAUCUAAAGCCGCAAUGCGCUCUCCUGGCAGGCAAGGAAAAUUCCGCACCGGUGAAGCUACGCGGCUUCAGCGUCGCCGUGCAACUUCAGUCGUCCCAGGCAAACGGCGUCGGGCUGACGUCUCCGAGCUGCAAUUUCCCUUUCGAGGACCUGACCGACGCUGAGGAUUCGCUAGUGAGCGAUACGGAGGACAAUAUCGGUCGUGUUGGAUGUCCACACUUCAUGGCGCCGGAAGUGGUCCAGCGCAGACAGUACGGAAAGCCUGGUGACGUCUGGUCAGCCGGAGUACUACUUCAUGUCCUAUUAACUGGUACACUUCCAUUCGUCGGCUCUCGAGAUAGACUGCGAGAAGCAAUUUGCAGAGGACGAGUACAGAUGGGAUCGCCAUUAUGGGACAAUAUCAGCGAGUCAGCCAAGGAUCUCAUACAAAGAAUGCUCACAACGGAUGUAAAUCACAGGAUUACCAUACAGGAAGUGCUGAACCACAAAUGGCUCAGAGAUCGUGAUAAGGGCGUGGCUCGAAUACAUUUAGGCGAAACUAUAGAAGAGCUUAAGAAAUUCAACGCUAGACGAAAAUUGAAGGAAUCUGUAAAAGUGGCGAUCUCGUCGUCGAAAUGGCACAUCCCAUAUUCGGAAAUUAACGGCGACAGUUUUUUCGACAUAGGCGAUGAUGAAGUUAUAACCACAGGUGCUGUAGCUGAAAUUUUAGACUCUCUGGAUGAUAUUGAAGUACUUCAAGAGAGUGGAAGACUGACACGUGCUGAGAUACUUAAUGCAGUCGACGAUUAUCGUCUUCGAGCCAUUUUAGAGCUUUACGAUAGAAUCUCGACUCGAGUUCCAACGCCAUGUCGAGCGCCGCAGACAGAUGCAGUUCAGCGUGCGCGAGAAGUCGAGGAACUACUUCGAGAAAUAGAGCAUUCAGCGAUACGAAACAUCGAUAGGGCGGAUCUUCGGGAGCUCCAUGAACUUCUCGUCCAGCCGCACAUGAGGGCGCUUUUGCAAGCACAUGACGUAGCGGGACAUGAAGUUUAUGGCGAAGAAGCGACCAGAGUUACACCGCCACCUCUUCUUCCCUAUCUAAACGGAGGUGAUGAUCUCGAGGGUCAAAAUGGUGAUUUGGACCUCGAGAAUGUAACACGCGUCAGACUGGUCCAAUUCCAGAAGAACACCGAUGAACCGAUGGGAAUUACUUUAAAAAUGAACGAAGAUGGAAAAUGCGUGGUAGCAAGAAUUAUGCACGGUGGUAUGAUACACAGACAAGCAACUCUUCAUGUGGGUGAUGAGAUCAGAGAAAUUAAUGGAAUACCGGUGGCUAAUCAAUCUGUCAAUGCCUUGCAAAAGAUACUCCGAGAAGCACGAGGUUCGGUGACCUUCAAAAUCGUGCCGUCUUAUAGGAGCGCACCACCCCCCUGUGAGGUACAAUUGUUCAGGAUUAAGCCUCUGCCAGUGUUAAUAUUCGUUCGAGCACAAUUCGACUAUGAUCCGUUGGAAGAUGAGCUGAUACCGUGCGCACAAGCUGGAAUCGCGUUUAAAACCGGCGAUAUACUGCAGAUCAUCAGCAAGGACGAUCAUUAUUGGUGGCAGGCGCAGAAGGAUAACGCGGCCGGUUCCGCGGGAUUGAUUCCUUCGCCUGAACUUCAGGAACGACGUAUCGCUUAUAUGGCAAUGGAAAAGAACAAACAAGAACAAGAUGCUGAAGGAGAAGGAGGAUGUUCUUCUCACACCGAAGGCUGCGACGGUUCGACAGUGAAUUGCUCAAUAUUCGGCCGGAAAAAGAAGCAGUACAAGGAUAAGUAUCUCGCGAAACACAACGCAGUCUUUGACCAGCUGGAUCUGGUCACCUACGAAGAGGUCGUUAAGCUUCCUUAUCCCGCAUUCCAACGGAAAACGUUAGUGUUACUGGGAGCACAUGGUGUCGGUCGUCGUCAGAUAAAAAAUACCAUUAUCGCGAAGCAUCCUGACAAAUAUGCCUAUCCUAUUCCACAUACAACGAGGCCUCCACGGAACGACGAAGAGAACGGUCGCAAUUAUUAUUUCAUAUCGCACGAUGAAAUGAUGGCUGAUAUCGCUGCCAAUGAAUACCUCGAAUAUGGUACGCACGAAAACGCUAUGUAUGGAACGAAACUCGAAACGAUCCGCAAAAUACACGAAGAAGGUAAAGUGGCGAUAUUGGACGUCGAGCCUCAAGCCUUGAAAGUGUUGCGUACAGCGGAGUUCGCGCCUUAUGUAGUUUUCAUCGCAGCUCCGGUAUUCCCAAAUAUGCCUGAUUGCGACGGAAGUCUGGAAAGACUGGCGAAAGAAUCGGAUUCACUGAAGCAAGCGUACGGUCACUUUUUUGACCUGACCAUCGUCAACAACGAGAUCGAUGAGACGAUCGCACAAUUAGAGGCAGCCAUCGAGCGGGUUCAUACGACACCGCAAUGGGUACCUGUGUCCUGGGUCUACUGACAGCGAACCUCGCCAAUUCGUCAGAUCACUAACUGUAAUGGCUCAUCGAAUGUGAAACAGUGAUCAUCGAAUCGCGAUCCACCGAACGACCGGUCCGUUUGCGAUCGUUUUACUGCGGCCAACGACAAAUAUUCUCAAGGUCGUACGCCUGUAAGAAUUCGCGGUGUUCGUGGGGAAUUAUUACGAUGAUAAAUCGCAAAUAGCCGAUUCGUAAAGUAAGACAAGCCGCGUAUAAAUACGUCGGACCAAUCGAACGAACGAAUUUACCGUCAAUUCUUCGAUCGAUCCACAGCACGAUAUCGACUGGAAUGCGUGACUUUGGCCGUGUGUUCAUUGACUUUUUUCAUUACUAAUUGAAUUAUUCUAUAAUUAUUAUUGAAUCGUCGUUAUCGUUGUAAUCCGCGGGUAGAGGCGAAGAGACGAAACUGUUGACGUUAUCGCGAGGCGCAGAACACGACAAUCAAAAAAGCAGAGAGAACAUACGUUUCGAUUUUUCGCUAUAUAAGUUCCAUAGGACUGUAAUUAUUACUUCCUCGAUAACUAUAAGCAAUACGAUUUUUCACGUAUCCUUCGAUAUAUAUCGUCUCGGUUAAUGGAUCAAUUCAACGAGUCGUCAUAUAAACGAACGAUGUUAAUUUCCUCACGAUUAUUUUAAUCGUGCAGUUUUCUCUCUUUCUCUCCUCGCGCGUUUUCGCUUCUCUCUCUCUCUCUCUCUCUCUCUCUCUCACUCUCACUCUCACUCUAUUCAUUUCCUCUCCGCCUGUCUCUUCGUUCCGUGAUCUUGUUUCUUGCAUUUUCUCUCCAGACAUUCCUCGCGCCACGUUUAACGCGCGUUACACGAAUUUAUCGCUAUACAUAUAGUUUUCGUCAGUCUGGUACGGUCUGUACGAUAGCGAUGCAGAAAAUGGUAAAUGAUGCGAGUAUUACCAAAUAGAAUCGAAGAGCAGUGAGACUGUUUUGCUCUUCGAAGAUUACAUUCUAUCGAAGAGGAUCAAAAUGGGGAACGGUCGUUCGAACUGUUCGUGAAUGUUGACCGAGUGGACACGCUUGUACCGUUCUUUGAAAAAAAAUCUGUCAAUCGACUAUCCGUAACCUGUAAUUGCCUCUUAUCGUACUCUCUUAUAACUACUUACACAAAGUGAAAUAAAAAAAAAAAAAACACUAGGACCGCGCUGUCCGAUAGUCCGCCACCGAUAUCCCACCGUAAUAGUCAAUCUUUGUCUGUUCAAGUUUGAAGGAAAACCGGACUAUCGACAGUUAGUCGUUUACCUGUAACUUUAAGCAGUAGAGAAACUUCGCCGAUUUCGUCUAGUACUUCUAACAUCUAACACAAAGUUCAUCCGUUGUCGUGAGACUCGCGAUGAACCUUCGUACGUGUAUAUGCGCGAGCGCUAUUCUUUAACCGUAUCGUUUUGUUUCCUUCUUUCCUGACUCGAGCGUUUCAGUACGGUUCCUGAAACUUUCCUGUGCUGCGUUUUGAUUUUUCGCCGAAUCUAGGACGUCGAAUCGCGUGCAUUUCUUCAUCGUCAUCAUAUAUUUUCUUUUUCUCGUUCUUCUCAAGCAAAGAUGUCAGAUAACAUUUAUCCGAAUAUCGAUCUAUAAGAUCUAUUUAACGCUAUCUAUUAAUCGGUGUUGCUUUUGGUUCGAGUGACGCGCAUCGAACGAACGUCUUAGAACCGGCGUUGAUCUCAGCAAAACUACUUCCACGGGAUUACGUUGGAUAUACGAUACACAUGUACAAUGUACACACAUCUCAAAUGUAAUAUCACUCGGUUCGCAUUGCACCCUCGUACAAAGCGCAUAAUCGAAUGACGAAGUAACUGAACGCGGUUUACUAUACGAUAUUUAUAACACGUAAACUCAAGUAAAUAGAUAGUCUACCAAACUAUAUGAAAUAAUACUAAACACCGUCUCGUAUUAAAGAAAAAUGAAAAAAAAAUACGUUGUAUAAUGAUAAAAAAUACAAAAGUCUAGAACACGUACACACACAGUGACACGUGCAUACACGUAGACGCUUAUAUGAACAUAACGCGACGUUACAUACACAUAAUGCAAACAUGUACACGCAAUAUAUAUACAUAUUUAUGUAUAUAAUGUAUAUAUUAUAAUACAUAUAAUAUAUAAUAUAUAUAUUAUAUACAGAAUUACACAUGGACAUAAAACAUAGAUACGUACACGGACAAGUAACGCGGAUUCACGAAAAACAGAUUUAACGACUAGUUAAUUAAUUAAAAGCGAUUAAAUAAAUUAAUUGUGUAACUAAUUAAUACUAAAUUACUAGAAGACUAAUAGGAAAUUUGCAUAUACAGCCCGUAGAGCGAAGGAGUGAAUGCGUGUACGUACAGGUAUGGUGUGAAUCUCUUGCAUUCGCGAUCUGCGUUGUGAUCGACCCUCACGCGGCUUUGUUCAGAAUUUGUUCAAUUACAGCUCAACUAUUUAUAAAGAUCUCGAGAGGAACAUACGCACACAUAAUACACGCAACAGCACAUAUGUACAUGCAUACUAAAAAAUAAAAGAAACAUACGUAAGUACACGUAUACAUAACAAUUGCAAACACGUACAACAUGCGUACACAUACUACUAGGUUUUACUACAUUCUUCCUAUUCGACACACGAUAUUAGUCAUCGAGCGUGUAAUUAUCCUUUAUUAAACGCGAUACUUCGAUGAUGGGAGUUAUAUAAAAAAGAAAAAAGAAAGAUAAAAGAAGACCGACGCAUCCUACUCGUUCUACUGUUUGUGGAGAAAUAUCAUUUCUUCGAGCAGCAAGCCCACCAAAUACACGAAGACAAGUCUGAAAUCGUUGAAAAAAACGGGAAAAAGAUGAAAAAUAAAAAGGAAAUGUCGCGUGAAACUUCAAAGGAAGCUCGUGUCGGUAUGAUCGUUUAGGUGUGAAUGAGAAACUGUCGAAACGCAAGAAGAACGAAUCUUCAGUGAUUUUGUAAUAUUUCUUAUAAGUUGUAGCUGCCAUAUCCAGUAAAAUUAAGUACUAGGUGCGCUGGGUGAUGAUAUGACGACGACUGUUACGAUAACGAUUCUAAUGGUGAUGAUGAUGGUGAUGAUGAUGAUGAUGACGAUGAUAAUGAUGGUGAUCAUAAUGAUCCUACGUGCUCCGGCAAGUGUGUGUCCGCGACUUUGGACGAGUUACGCUAAAAUGUUGAAGUAUGACGGGUCUAAAGAAAACAAUAACAGUUCAUUACAAUUAUGUAAUUAUAAGUAAGAGAAAGAGACGAAGAGUAUUAUAACACGUUGUUAAUUGAAUUAAUAAAACUAGUCCAAAGUAUC